GACCGCAAUUUUCAGUGCACAUACAGACAGACUCCAUCUUAAACACAGGGUGUGUAAUUGUUGCUAAUACAAGGGUUCCAGUCUAGGACAAACUUGUGUUCUGCAUCCAACGUCUUUAACAACACUUAGCUAUUGACUCACGUUGCUGUUCGCUACUGAGCAAACUGGAUACAAAUGUCUCAGUUGAGAACCGUCGUCAAGCAGUCAGAGAUCAGUGAGGCCAUGUUUCAAGAUGUGAUUGAGAUGACCGCGGAGGCGUGCGCAAAAUUCAACUUAGAAACGGAGAUUGCCAAACAUAUUAAGAUGAAAAUGGAUGAUAAGUACAAACCGAUGUGGCAGUGUGUAGUUGGGGCACAAUACAGCAGUUACAUCACUUACGAGCUGGAGAAUUUUGUUGACUUUGAAUACGGAGAUAAGGCGAUAUUACUAUUCAAAGCACCUUAAGGUAAAUGACACCAAACCAACGACCGUGGAUAGCUUUAUUCUUUGUUUCUUAUUGUAGUAUUCAUGCAAAAAUAAACAUUAGAAUUUUU